AUACAUUUGAUUUGAUUGGAAACCGUACGUGACGCUUUUUCAGUAUAAAUUAGAUUUAUCAUUUCAUCAUUAAAAAAACACGAAUCCACAAGAGAGAAAGAUCAAACGCCGAAAUGAUGAUAUUAGGAGAGAGAGUAACGGCGUUAUCCCCGUACGUGUGGCCGUUGACAUUGGUGGCCGUCGUGCUGACGUGGACGGCUUUCAAUGUCGACAAGAAGAAGAAGAAGAAGAGACAGAACAACAAGGCGGCUGCCACGGCGGGAAGUCGGAGAAGUGAUACUGACGUCAUCAUCGUCGGAGCAGGUGUCGCCGGCUCUGCUCUCGCUUAUGCUCUUGCUAAGGACGGGAGGAGGGUGCAUGUGAUAGAGAGGGAUCUGAGGGAACCGGAGAGGUUGAUGGGCGAGGGAAUGCAACCCGGCGGCCGACUCAUGCUCGCCAAACUCGGCCUCCAUGAUUGUCUGGAGGGGAUCGAAUCUCAAACGACGAUCGGCAUGGUGUUGUACAAAGAUGGGAAAUGCGUGACCGCGGAUUUUCCGGCGGACGACAAGUUUCCUCACGAACCCUACGCUCGAAGCCUUCGCAAUGGCCGUUUCGUCCAGAGAUUGCGUCACAAGGCGGCUUCUCUUCCCAAUGUGAAUUUGGAAGAAGGGACGGUGAAAUCAUUGGUGGAAGAAGGAGGAGUAGUAAAAGGGGUGAAGUACAAGAGCAAGGUGACCGGCCAAGAGACAUCGGCCUUUGCUCCUCUUACCGUCGUUUGCGACGGCGCAUAUUCAAACCUCCGUCGAUCCAUUCACAACUCCAAGGAGGAGCUGCACUCACAUAUAGUGGGAUUCACCACGAAGAACUGCCGGCUUGAAGACCCAGAAAGGUUUAAUAUGGUAAUGACGAAGCCAAAUGUGACGCUUAUAUAUCAAUUAAGCGACAACGAGGUUCGUUGCUAUGUCGAGGUUCCUCGUGAAAGCGUCGCGAAUGGCGAAAUAACUACCUUCCUCAAGACCACUCUGGCUCCUCAGCUCCCUCCUAAACUCCGGGAUAUAUUUUCGAAAGGACUUGAUGACGCGCCCAAGAUAUUGAAAACGGCAACGAAGAGCAUGACGACUCCGCAGUACAACGAUUACAAGGGAGUGGUCGUGUUAGGAGAUGCGUUCAACAUGCGACAUCCUAUAAUCGCCUCUGGAAUGAUGGUUGCAUUGUCCGACACUCUUAUCCUUCGUGAUCUUCUUCGGUCUUCGGACAACCUUAGUGAUGCUAAGAAGCUCUCGCAGGUUGUCAAGUCCUUCUACGAACACCGCAAGCCAAUGUCAGCGACGGUGAACACACUGGCUGAUGCGUUUCGCCAAGUGCUCCGUGCAUCGGACGACGAAGCGAGAGAAGCGAUGCGUCAAGGGUUCUUUGACUAUAUUUCCCGAGGCGGCAUUUGCACGUCGGGAGUGAUGGCUAUUUUCGGCGGUAUGAAUCCGAGGCCGAUAUCUCUCCUCCUCCAUCUCUUUGCCGUCACACUCUCCUGCAUCGCUCGCUUUCUCUCCCCUUUUCCUACGCCCCGAGGCAUUUGGCUCAGCCUCAGGCUGUUCUGGUUGGCUUUGGGAAUGUUAGGUCCGAAUCUAAAGAAGGAGGGAGUUUGGCAUAUGUUGUCUCCGACAGCAGCUGCUGCUUACCGCAAACGCUAUAUGACCGCAACCGCAACUGCAGUCGCUUUCUAAUUAAUUACUUAUUUGGGUUAUUUCUGAUUAUUUAAAAAAUAAAAUACAUAAAUAUAAAUGGAAGGACCAUCAUGUAUCCCAUUUCGUUUUGUUUAUUCAGUCGAGUCAUGUAUAAUUGUAAUGACACUUACUGAAGUUUAUGCUGUAAUAUAUAUACUUGUCGUAUAUAUUGAAUAAAGAAAAAU